AUGCUUUCGUACGUUGUGUGCACGGCUUUACUUCUAGUUCCCCUAAUAUGCGAGGCAAGGAUCACCAAAAGAUAUGUCAUCGGGUGUCCUGAACGCUGUGACAAAUCCCUCUGCCCCCCGAUACCCGCUGACUGUUUGGCCGGAGACAUCCUAGACCAGUGCGACUGUUGCCCGGUGUGCGCGUCCGGAGAGGGUGAGAUCUGCGGCGGCACUGGACGGCUGGGUGAUCCAGAAUGUGGAGAGGGCAUGGAAUGCGUGGUGUCAGAUGGGGUGGGUUACACCUCUACCGUAAGGAGACGAGGGAAAACCGGUGUGUGUACUUGCAAAAGUUCCGAGCCGGUGUGCGGCAGUGACGGUGUGUCUUACAGGAACAUCUGCGAAUUGAAGAGAGUAAGCAACCAAGCACAAAAACUGCAGCAACCACCAGUCAUCCUAAUUCAAAGAGGUGCCUGCGGUAAAGGUCAUGAGGAGAAUCCAGAUAGCCUGCGACAUAGAUAUAACUUCAUUGCUGAUGUGGUGGAAAAGAUUGCCCCCGCCGUGGUUCAUAUUGAACUAUUCCGCAAGAUGGUGUUUACUAAGAGGGAAGUGGCUGUGGCUAGCGGCUCAGGGUUCAUCGUCUCGGAGGAUGGUCUGAUAGUGACUAAUGCCCAUGUGGUGGCCAACAAACACAGGGUGAAGGUGGAGUUGAAAACUGGGGCCACCUUUGAUGCUAAGAUCAAAGAUGUGGAUGAGAAGGCUGACAUCGCCCUCAUCAAAAUCGACGCCCCGAUGAAGCUGCCAGUGCUGCUCCUGGGCCGGUCGGCUGACCUGAGGCCAGGCGAGUUUGUGGUUGCCAUCGGCAGCCCGUUCUCUCUCCAGAACACAGUUACCACUGGGAUUGUCAGCACUACACAGCGUGGGGGAAAGGAGCUGGGCCUGCGUAACUCUGACAUGGACUACAUCCAGACCGACGCCAUUAUCAACUAUGGAAAUUCAGGAGGACCCCUGGUGAACCUGGAUGGUGAGGUGAUUGGAAUAAAUACUCUUAAGGUCACAGCAGGGAUUUCCUUUGCCAUUCCUUCCGACAAGAUCCGGCAGUUUCUUGCUGAAUCCCAUGAUAGACAAGCUAAAGGAAAAACAACCACAAAAAAGAAGUACAUUGGUGUAAGGAUGAUGACUCUCACACCAACCCUUGCAAAAGAGCUGAAGGAUAGACAGUCUGAUUUCCCUGAUGUCACCUCAGGGGCAUAUGUCAUUGAAGUCAUUCCCAAAACCCCAGCUGAAGCAGGGGGGCUGAGGGAGAGUGAUGUCAUUAUCAGCAUCAACGGCCAACAGGUCAGCUCGGCCGGUGAUGUCAGCACUGCCAUCAAGAGAGACGAGAUGCUACGGACCGUGGUCAGACGCGGCAACGAGGACGUCAUCCUCAACAUCGUUCCCGAGGAGAUUGACCCUUGACCUCCAUCUCUUCAAUGAGCUGGUUCUCAGUGUUUUAAAAUUAUGGACCUUUACAGAGUGUGCGUCUGGGGCCGCA